CGCCUGUCGCCUACUCCAGCGUGAAGCACCAGGUUUCCCCGAGCGAGUCGCGCAACUCGGUCCCCUCCAUCUCCAUUUUCUAUCCAUCCACGCCUGCCACGCGCUAUCCACAGCGCACCUCUACUUUCGACCCCCCUUCCCAUCAGGCUGUCGCGCGGCUGCCAAAUUACUCGCUUUCUUGCACUCCCCUUUUGUUAACUCCAAGUACCCGCCCACCCCCCAACCCCAUUUUCAUCGAUCGCAUCCCCGAAGCUCCGACCACCAGACCAAACAUCUCCCUUUUCAUCGCCAAGAGUCUCAACAGACCCUUUCGCCUCCCCCAGUCCCUCCCCAGACCUCCCCAUCGCGCGCCUUACACCCCCCCGGUCGCGCUUCCCAUUCCUCCCUUCGCUUCCGGGCGCGACCUGGCGUAGUAACAAAGUGGAGCCCGUGACAUCCAGUCCACUUCCACUUCGUUCUGCGUCGCAUUGAUUGCCCAUUGCGCUCCUGGGCAAUCUAUGAAUUGAGGACAUACCAUGGCUUCUUUGCAGUCGGCGCCUUCUAUGGCGCCUGGCAAUUAUGCCUUGCCUGCGAACUUGACUCAGCAGCACGUCCAGGAGGUUCUGCAGAAAUUCAAGCAGAUGCAGGAGCAAGGUGUCAACCCUAAUGACCCUGAAUACAUCAAGGCCCAUCAGCUUCUUGCGACUAUCCAGCGCCAGCAAUUGAUGAAACAGAAGCAGCGCCAGCAGCAGGCCCAACAAGUUCAGCAGCAGGCCGCCCACCCGGUGAAUGUCAACCAGAAUGGUGCUGGCCCAGAUGCCGCCACCAACGGGGUACACGCCCGGAACGCUUCGACUUCAUCCAUGAGCGGAGCUCUUCCCGAGACACAACCUGGUACAACCCAGUCAAACGCAAACCGAAAGGUUGCAACAGUUGGCAGUGGAAGUUUCUCGCCAGAGCAACUGGCCACCCUCCGAAAUCAAAUAAUGGCGUUCAAGACGCUCUCCAAAAACCAGCCUAUCGCACCGGCUCUCCACCAGCAGCUGUUCCCGAACAAGAAAUUCCCGACACCUACCAUUGCGGACAAAGUCACUUUGGCAGAGAAGAUUGUGGAUGGGUCCGACAAGAACGUCACUGGAUCAACCACCGAUGUCGAUGGAGUUAUCUCCGGCAAGGAUUCGUAUAGCAAAUUUGAGCUGGAUGAUACUGUGCUCCACAAGCUUAUCAGCUUUGAGGGCCACAAACACCGCAUCAAUCGCCCCCGUAUUCCUGCAUUUGAAUCAAGUGGUAUCGAUUGGCGUCUGAUCCGUGAGAAUAGCGAGGCCCUGGUUUACAACCGCAUGUCGGCUCGUAUGAAGGAGCUCGAGAAACUUUCGGCCAACAUUGGUGUUUGGGAUACUAGCAAGAGUGACGCGCCUACAGGCGAUGAUUCCCUGAAGUUGAAGGCUCUCAUUGAGCUCAAGUCAUUGGGUCUGCGGGCUAAGCAGCAGGCGCUGCGUGAGAAGAUUCGCCGUACCGGAUUCGACGCUAGUGAGACGAACCAGACGAAUCGUGCCGUUCAUCGUCGCAUGAAGCGUCCCUCACUUCGUGAGGCGCGGAUCACUGAAAAGCUCGAGAAGCAACAACGGGACGCUCGCGAGACGCGGGAGAAAAAGAAGCAAUACGACCAGCUUCAGGCAAUUAUUAGCCACACAGCCGAGGUUUUCAAUGCCUGCGCUGCCAGCCGCAAUCGUGCAACCAAGCUUGGUCGUAUGAUGGUCCAGCAUCACCAGCACAUGGAGCGCGAGGAGCAGAAACGCGUGGAGCGUACUGCCAAGCAACGUCUGCAAGCGCUGAAGGCCAACGACGAGGAGACUUACUUGAAGCUCUUGGGACAGGCCAAGGAUUCGCGUAUCUCGCACUUGCUUGGACAGACUGAUAAGUUCUUGAAGGAACUUGCCAACUCUGUCAGGCAGCAACAGCGCAAUCAAGCUGAGCGCUAUGGCGACCACGAAGACUUCGAGGACGAAGAGGAGGAGUUGGCUGACAGUGACGAAGAUGACGAUGGCACUUCUGGAAAGAAGAAAGUUGAUUACUACGCUGUGGCUCAUCGCAUACAAGAGACGAUUACCGAGCAACCGUCUAUUCUGGUUGGUGGUACACUCAAGGAAUACCAGUUGAAGGGUCUGCAGUGGAUGAUUUCGCUCUACAACAAUAACCUGAAUGGUAUUCUUGCAGACGAGAUGGGUCUUGGAAAGACCAUCCAGUCCAUCAGUUUGAUCACCCACAUUAUUGAGAAGAAGAGGAAUAACGGACCUUUCCUGGUUAUUGUGCCUCUUAGUACGCUGACCAAUUGGAAUCUGGAGUUUGAGAAGUGGGCACCGUCGGUCUCAAAGGUGGUCUACAAAGGCCCUCCCAAUGCUCGCAAGCAGCAACAACAGCAAAUCCGCUGGGGCAAUUUCCAGGUUCUUCUUACCACCUACGAGUACAUCAUCAAGGAUCGUCCCAUUCUCUCCAAGAUCAAGUGGGCACACAUGAUUGUCGACGAGGGUCAUCGUAUGAAGAACGCCAGCUCCAAGCUGAGCAGCACCUUGUCGACGUACUAUCACACCCGCUAUCGCUUGAUUCUGACCGGUACACCCCUACAAAACAACCUGCCUGAGUUGUGGGCACUUCUCAACUUUGUCUUGCCGAACAUCUUCAAGUCCGUCAAGUCGUUUGAUGAAUGGUUUAACACUCCGUUCGCCAACACUGGUGGGCAAGAUCGCAUGGACCUGACCGAAGAAGAGCAGCUGCUCGUUAUUCGUCGUCUGCAUAAGGUUCUUCGUCCAUUCCUGCUCCGCCGUCUGAAGAAGGAUGUCGAGAAAGACCUUCCCGAUAAGCAAGAGCGCGUCAUCAAGUGCCGCUUCUCUGCCCUACAGACCCGGCUGUACAAGCAAUUGGUCACCCAUAACAAGAUGGCCGUUAGUGACGGCAAGGGUGGUAAGACCAAUGUGCGCGGUCUUAGCAAUAUGCUAAUGCAGCUGCGCAAGCUUUGCAACCACCCUUUUGUUUUCGAGCCCGUUGAGGACCAGAUGAACCCCAGCCGCAUGACCAACGAUCUGCUUUGGCGAACGGCCGGAAAGUUCGAGCUGCUUGAUCGAGUUUUGCCAAAGUUCCGUGCCACCGGCCAUCGUGUCUUGAUGUUCUUCCAGAUGACGCAGAUUAUGAACAUCAUGGAAGACUUCCUUCGCAUGCGAGGCCUCAAGUACCUCCGUCUGGACGGUUCCACAAAGUCGGAUGAUCGCUCGGAGCUUCUAAAGGUCUUCAAUGAACCCGGCUCUGACUACUUCUGCUUCUUGCUUUCUACUCGUGCCGGUGGUCUGGGUCUGAACUUGCAGACCGCUGAUACCGUCAUCAUCUAUGAUUCGGAUUGGAACCCUCACCAGGAUUUGCAAGCCCAGGAUCGUGCCCAUCGUAUUGGACAGAAGAACGAGGUUCGCAUUCUGCGACUGAUCAGUUCCAACUCUGUCGAAGAGAAGAUUUUGGAACGUGCACAGUUCAAGCUUGACAUGGACGGCAAGGUCAUUCAAGCUGGUAAAUUCGAUAACAAGUCCACCAACGAAGAGCGAGACAAAUUCCUCCGCAACCUUUUGGAGUCUACGGAAGAUACGGAACAACUCGGUGAUCAGGAAGAGAUGGAAGAUGAUGACCUUAACGAGAUCAUGGCUCGCUCUGAAGAGGAGCUUGUCAUCUUCCAGCAGAUGGACAAAGAGCGUGAGAGGACUGAUGAAUACGGUCCUGGCCGUCGCUACCCCCGUUUGAUGUGUGACGAGGAAUUGCCCGACAUUUACGUGCAAGAGGACGCUCCAAUUUCCGAGGAGCCCGUGACCGAAGUUUACGGUCGUGGUGCUCGUGAACGCAAGGUCAAGCGCUAUGAUGAUGACAUUCCGCUCGAGGAGUGGACCAAGCUCGUGGCCGAAUGCGAGGAGACCGGCGCGUCAAUCGAUGACGUGGUCGAGCAGUACUUGCAAGAACGGGAGGAUCGCAAGGUCAGAAAGGAGAAGAGGAAGCUCAAGGCACAAGGUGUUGUCGAAUCAUCGCCUGAACCCGUCGAAAACGACGAGACUCCUCCACGGAAGCGCCGUCGUGGUCCCGCUCCUAAGCGCAAGGCCGAAGAAGUCGCAGAAGAAACCCCACAACCCAAGCGAAAGAGGGGUCGUCAGCCCAAGAUCCCGGACACUCUGAGUAGCUCCGACCGUUCUAUCUUGACAAAUAUUGUCAACAGCGUGAUGCAGUCUCUGAAGGACAUGACCGAAGAGGUGGAGCUUGACGACUCUGACGGCGAGGAAGGAGGCACGGUUCUGCGAUCGAUCAUUGAACCGUUUAUGAAGCCACCGCCCCGUUCGCAGUACCCCGACUACUAUAAAAUCAUCCAGAAUCCUAUUGCGGUGGAGAUGAUUGAGAGGAAAAUCAAGCGUGACGAUUACCAGAGCAUAAAGGAGUUCCGAGACGACAUUCAUCUUCUUUGCCAGAAUGCUCGGACAUUCAAUGAGGAUGGAAGUCUGCUGUUCCAGGACGCCAAUGACAUUGAGGCUAAAUGCGUGAGCGAACUGAAGAGGCUGACCGCUGAUCAUCCCCAAUUUGCCAACUUUGAUGGCUCCGACUCCGUCGCCGGCGAUGGUCAGUCAGUGGGUGCUCCCUCUGGCACCGCAACUCCUCAAACUGUCGGCACUCCUGGUCCCAAACUGAAGCUUACAUUCAACAAUCCCAAUGCGGCCGAAAGUGCCACCAGUGCUGCCACGAGCACUGUGAACGGCGCGGAUGGUGACGAAGACUGAAGAACCUGACUUGCAUUCUCCUCCAUCAUGAUAUAUCGACACAUUUUGGCAUCCUCACAUGUCUCUCUCUGCUUGUGUAAUUCUGCUCCUUGUAACCAGAAAAUCUUGUUUUUUGCCCUCUCCGCGCUGUUUCUAUGAGUGGUUCCGGGGAAAAGACGUUUCGCCGUGACUUCUGAUUUUGUUGUUUUUCAUACAGGGGGUUGGGAAGGUCGGGGUAACGAAUGUCCUGGAACGGGCACUGUGUUUUCUCUUUUUUCUGUUCUCUUUAAUGAGCGAUUUACCUUUUUUAUUUUGUCCCUGGCUUUUUGCCUUUCUGGCCGUGUGGGUGAUUACUACUAGAUGAUGGCAGAAGGGAAAUCCCCGAGUUUUAUGUUCUCAGUAUGUACGUUUUGAAGUUAUGGGUUGGGCUUGGAUUGAAUGAAUCAGCAUAUGCAAUAAUUAACUAUUUACUUUACAAAUUGUAUGUCGUAAGAUCAUCGGAGGUAGACACUAGCACGGUCCGUAUUUCAGGAUGCCCAUCUAGAUUGGGGAACAAAUUCGUAGAUGUACACGAUGGCGACGGUGUCGUACAGUGGUAGGUGCUUUGGCUUUUGG